AAGAGAAGAGUCACAAACUCCAAAUACAUUCUUUCCUCUGGAGAAGCCAAAGUACCCUUCACUAUUUUUCAACCUCAACAUUCUAAAUCCUAAAGUUAAAUCCUUUGAGAGUUUCAGAUCAGGACAAAGUUAGGAUCUUUUCUUAUUUUUUUGUGCUUUUUCUUUUUUUGUUUUUUUUGUAUUGACAUAAACGAGGUAAAGCGCACUUGCUUCACUUCACAAGUAGAAAAUGGGAUUUGUAGGUAUAGUGUGAGCUCAGUUCAGAUGCAUGUUGAAGAAGAAGAAGAAUAGCGAGUGAGUGAUUCAUUUUCAGACAAGAGUUUGAAAAGUAAGAAAAAAGAAAAGAAUGGGUUGUUGUCAGUCAAGGAUAGAUAGAAAAGAGAUAGUGUCUCGUUGCAAAGCGAGGAAGAGAUACUUGAAACAUCUUGUUAAAGCUAGACAAACUCUCUCCGUCUCCCACGCGCUUUACCUCCGUUCCCUACGCGCCACCGGCUCCUCCCUCGUCAACUUCUCUUCCAAAGAAACCCCUCUCCAUCUCCACCACACCCCUCCACCUCCUCCUCCUCCUCCUCCUCCACCUCCACCUCCUCAGCCGCGUCCUCAGCAGCAACCUCCUCUAAGCCCUGGCUCAGAGACCACAUGGACAACCACAACAACCUCCUCCGCUCUCCCUCCUCCACCUCCACCACCGCCUCCACCUCCUCCCCAGCCUUCCUCCACAUGGGACUUCUGGGAUCCGUUCAUCCCGCCUCCUCCUUCCUCAUCCUCCGAGGAGUGGGAGGAAGAGACAACCACCGGAACCACCACGAGAACCGCCGCGACGGGAACAGCUUCCUCAGACGCUGCUCCCACCACGGCUCCGACGACGACAGCUACUCCUCAAGGCUCGUCUGUGGUGAGCGGCUUCUCUAAAGACACGACGAACACGACGGGGAGCGAGCUAGCGGUGGUGGUGCCGAGGAACAGCAAAGAUCUGAUGGAGAUUAUCAAAGAAGUCGACGAGUACUUCCUCAAAGCUGCUGACUCUGGCGCUCCUCUCUCUUCUCUCCUCGAAAUCUCCACUUCCAUCAACCCUACAGCUGCUUUCUCUCCUCAUACCAAAGGGAAAAUGUAUAGUAACUACGAAUGCAAUCUCAAUCCGACGUCGUUUUGGACAAAGGGAUUUGCUCCUAAGUUGAACGAAUACACAAACUCAGCAGCGUUAGUUGGAGGAGGAAACUGCAUUGUUGGUAGCCAUUCCUCUACUAUUGACAGGCUCUAUGCCUGGGAGAAGAAGCUCUUUCAAGAGGUUAAGAAUGCAGAGAGCAUAAAGAUGGAGCAUGAGAAGAAAGUGGAACACGUAAGGAGGCUUGAGAUGAAGAGAGCUGACUACGUCAAAACCGAAAAGGCAAAGAAAGACGUUGAGAUGUUAGAGUCUCAGCUCACAGUGUCUUCCCAAGCCAUCCACAGCGCUUCUAAUGAGAUCAUCAAGCUCAGAGAGACUGAGCUCUAUCCUCAGCUUGUAGAGCUCAUUAAAGGGUUGAUGUGUAUGUGGAGGAGCAUGUAUGAGAGUCAUCAGGUUCAAACUCAUAUAGUUCAGCAGCUUAAGUACCUCAACACUAUCCCCUCCACCGAACCAACUUCAGAGCUUCACAGACAAUCAACAUUUCAGCUAGAGCUCGAGAUCCAGCAGUGGCAUCACUCUUUCUGCAACUUAGUCAAGGCCCAGCGUGACUACAUCCAGUCGCUCACGGGCUGGCUAAGGCUAAGUCUGUUCCAGUUCAGCAAGAACCCACUCGUCAGGAGCAGCUACGAGUCAAAGAUAUACAGCUUCUGCGAGGAAUGGCAUCUGGCUAUCGACAGGAUCCCUGACAAAGUAGCAUCCGAAGGGAUCAACAGCUUCCUCACCGCGGUCCACGGGAUCGUGGCUCAGCAGGCCGAGGAGCAUAAGCAGAAGAAGAGAUCAGACUCCAUGUCGAAAGACUUUGAGAAGAAAGCGGCUUCGCUGAGAGCGUUGGAGAGCAAGUAUAGUCCGUACUCGGUGGUGGCUGAAAGCAGCGGGAGGAGGAAGAAGAAGAACCCGGUGGUGGAGAAGAGAGCGAAGGUUGAGUUUCUGAAAGGGAAAGCGGAAGAAGAGAAGAGUAAGCAUGAGAAGGCGGUGAGUGUGACUAGAGCCAUGACUUUGAAUAACUUGCAGAUGGGUUUCCCUCACGUGUUUCAGGCGAUGGUUGGGUUUUCAAGUGUCUGUAUGCAAGCCUUUGAGUCUGUGUACAACCAAGCUAAGUGUAUCGGUGAGGAGGAGCAAGAGGAAGUCAAGAGGUUGCUUCCUUAGAGACAUUGCUUUUACCGUUUCUUCUCUGUUCUUGUUUGAUCCUUUAGGCACAACAAACAUGUUAUGAACUUGAGUUGAGUUUAUGCUAUUUUUAGAAAACUGAACUUUUCAUUGAA